AUUCUGCUGUGCUCACAGGAUACAAACACUAGGAUAGGUACACAAGGCCUUUAUCUAAGACCUAGGAUCACACAGAGAGGAUAUUACACAACGGCUCAGAUUUCCCAAUGUGUCUGUAGACAGCACAGUACCAGUGAUGCUGAAAAUCAUUUAUUUAUCCUAACAGCUCCACAGUGCUUCUUCUGCAGAGUUUGGUAAAGUUUGCCCAUAACAUCCUGAGCAUCUCUUCUGUCAACAUUCGUGAUACAACAGAAUGGGUUCCAAUCUGUCUGUGGAUGAAUCGGUGAGGGUGGUUAUCAUCGGUGGUGGUUUUUCUGGUAUAGCAGCGGCCAACAAGCUAAAAUCCAGUGGCGUCCCAUUUGUUCUGGUAGAUAUGAAAGAUGCUUUUCAUCAUAAUGUCGCUGCCCUGCGUGCAUCAGUGGAGAGUGGUUUUGCAAGAAAAACCUUUAUCUCCUACAAAGAAUCCUUCGAAGACAGCUUUAAACAAGCCAGAGUUGUCGGCAUAAAUGUGGAGACACAACAAGUACUGUUAGACAACAAUGAGGAGCUGCAUUUUUCCCACCUUAUCAUUGCGACAGGCAGUAUUGGCUCCUUCCCAGGGAAGUUUAACCAAACAGGUGCCAAGGAAACCGCUAUCCAGAUGUACGAGGAUCUAGUUAAAGAGGUUCAGAAAGCUAAACAUGUUGUGGUGGUUGGUGGAGGCUCAGCUGGAGUGGAGAUGGCAGCAGAAGUGAAAACUGACUAUCCGGACAAAGAGGUGACGCUAAUUCAUUCCAGAGUGGCACUAGCAGAUGUUGAACUGCAACCCAGUGUCCGACAAGCCGUUAAAGAUAUCCUCUUGAAAAAAGGGGUCAGGCUGAUUUUGGGUCAAAGAGUUUCCAACCUGGACAAGGUGGUUUUAAAUGUGACUCAGGAAAAUAUAGAACUGGUUUUGGACAAGGAUCCUGAAAUAGUGUCAGCUAAUCUGAUCCUCUGCUGCACAGGGCUGAAGAUCAAUUCAUCCAGCUACAUCAGCACUUUUGGCGAGUGUGUUGCAAGUGAUGAGAGUCUGAAGGUUAACGAGUAUUUACAAGUGGAAGGUUAUCCAAAUGUUUACGCCGUUGGUGACUGCGCAGAUUUGAGAGAACUCAAGAUGGCUUUUCAUGCCAGCAACCACGGAAAGCUGGCUGUGACUAAUAUCCUCAACAGUCUGACAGAAAAGCCACUUAAAGCAUACAAACCAGGAUCAGUGUCUAUGCUGUUGUCAAUGGGACGAAACGACGGUGUCGGCCAAGUGAACGGAUGUCAUGUGGGUCGUUUCUUUGUAACCAUGGUUAAAAGCAAAAACAUAUUUGUUCAGAAUAGCUGGAAGGAUAUGGGACAGCAAAUGCCCAAAUAAACAAGGAAAGAGGGGACAGGCUUCCUCAAAAAUACAAUCUUCCCACAUUCUUCUAAGCGUCAUAAUGAAAACAUAAGAAUGUGAAGUUUCUUCUAGCAGCUAAAUAGUAAUGCUGCAGUACCAGUAGCUCCAAUUCAAAGCAUAGCUCCAUUCACAAAAUGAUAGGAAUCAAUGACAUAUAAGUAAAACGUCCAAUUUAUUAGUAACAGUUAAAACACAGUUCAGCAGAUCUCACUGAGCCCAGCCGCAUCAUCUAACGCAUUUCGAUGGCGCUUUGUCAAAGAUAAUGGUUACCAUUCUGAAAGCCUUCAACAUUUAAACCUCCCUCGUCCGUUCAUUCCGAUGCCCACCGGAAGUGACUUGUCUAUGUAUAAUAAAGACAUAAUUACCAGAUCACACGUAAACAACAAUACCUCAACAUAAAAGAUGUAGACUUCUACCCAGCACACCUGGUCUUCUACCCAACGUAUCUGAAACCAGCAUGGAGUUCUCCAAAUCUGCACCAAGUUGCAUCACUCAGGUUAUACCUACGGUUACACAUCCAGUAUUUGUAUUACAGCUACUAAUCUGUACAUCUGAGUCAUAAUCUUGAUCCAUGUAAAGUACGCUACAGGGACAGUAAAAAAAGCCUACAAUUUAAAAAAUAAACUUUGCAAUGUACUUCUCUUGCUAUCUUAUGUUGAAACUUUCUAUGAGAGCAUACUGAGGUACUCUCAGGAGCGUGCACAUAAUUUGAGCUCUAUAUGGUACUUGUGUUUGCAACAAUGUUAUAACAGAAAAAGGGUUGUUGCCAUAUUGGUCCCACAGAGAACAUUCCUCUAGUAGAUUGUGAUACCUUUUUAAUGGGCCAACAAAAUCGUUUGUGCUUUUUUUUCUUCAUAAGUUUUCAAGACCUCUCAGGUCUCUUCUUCAGAUGUUGGUCUUUAUCUGAAGAAGAGACCUCUGAGGUCUCUAAAGCUUAUGGGAAACAACAAUGUUAUAACAAUACACUGUAUGUAUAAAAACGUUAUACAUACAGUGCUCAUGCCACGUGCACACAUCUGUGCCUACCUUUGUGUGCGGUCAUGGAAAAGAGCAUAGGACACUAGGAAAAACAAAUUUGACAAAAGUGUAUGUGAAAUUUUUGUUGUUCCUUUUUUUACUAUUGCUUUAUGCAUAUUUAAAUGCCAAUAUUUACAUACUCUGUUAUAUGUAAGACAUUGCUUAUUGUUUGUAUUAUAUGCAAUUCAGAUACCAUGGUCUUUUAAUGUUUUGUAAUAAUAAACUGAAAGUUUUUUUGGAUAAUGUAAACUCUUUGAAUAAUAAAUACAUAUUGUAAAGAUAUAACAUAUUAUUAUACUUAUAUUUAAAUUGAUCUGGAUAUCUGGGCAAAUCCGGAUAUUUUGUGUUGCACUUUAACACUAAUAAAAUCUGGUGCCAAAAAUUAGUAAAA